AUGAUCGUAUUCAAAAGGGACCAAAUCUCACUGAUCUUCUUCGUCGAUAGCGGCGGGGAUAUUGACGUUGCCAAUUGCAAGCCAGAUGUGCCAGAUCAGUCAGAGGAGAAGAAAAAGAGAAAAUUCGCCGUGAUGGAGAUUGAGGAUGAGCCAAGACCGAGUCCCAAUAUUAACGAAAAAAGAGUAGAAAAACUGGAGAUUGAAAGAAAAUUCCCUUACUUUGGCAGACUCUCGAUCGACUAUGAAUCCGCCAGAGAACGAUUUUCUAUGCCGACGAAGGAAGAGAUCCGGGCUGCAAGAGGAAAAGAUGGUGAGAGCAAUGUCGCUCUUUAUAAAUACUGGCUGGACGACGAUACGAUGAACGCGAUCGUCCAAAAAGAGGUCGAAGAGAUGGACGAGAAAGACAAGGAUCGAUUCUAUGUCUUUCCGAUUUCUGUGUGGGUUUCUAUCAAGUCGACUUCGGAAGCAGAGCAUCCUAAGCACCCGGCGGACAGAUAUCAGCUCACCAAAUCGGCGAUUUGGCCGAAUAGCAAUUUUAAAAAGCUUUUGGAGGGCCAGCGAAAAUUCAAUCCCUUCGAGCGAAAAUACCUCCUCCUUCCUAUAAUCCACGAUGCGCAUUGGAACUUGGCAGUGAUUGUGAAUCCAAUGGCAGCUAUUCUCCGGCUGGCGCAGAAAGAUCCACCCACAGAGAAGUUUAUACGGGGAAAAGAAGACCCAUUUUUUGUUGAGAAAAUAUACGCUAAAAUGUUCAAUCUAUCGGAAAAUGAACGAAUGGACGCGUCAAAGGUCACUCAAGAAGCUCCUUCGCUUGAUGAGCCGGUGAUCUACAUUUUUUGUUCAAACAAGAAAAAUACUUGGAUUCGAAAUUGUGAGCUCGCCUGUGAGUUUCUUACUGGAAUGUUUCUCGAUGAAUCAAAUCCGGCGUUGAAGAAUCUUCAACAAGAUUUUCUGAAAAAGCACCUUCUCGUGCGAAAAACUGUGAAGAUGAAAGACACUGAAGGAAAAAUUCUUGCUGUGAAGAAAAUGCUCUCAAUCGUGAAUGGAAGAAAACCUAGAACACUCGUCUGUCCGCCUACAGAAUCAGGAAAGCCGUGUCCAUUGUGCUUCAAUAACGGGAAAAACCAUCACGAGAAAUUCCUUCCCUUCCGUUAUUACAAGCCUUCUACUCCGACUCAGUCCAACGACUUCGAUUGCGGCACUUACACUCUUUACGCUAUUCGGAUGUGGAUGCAGCAAGAAUCAUUAGUGACAUCUUCCUUGCAUCAGGACUCGACUAGAUUGUGGACUCCUGUAGAUAUCUACAAGUAUCGCUACGAAUGCAGACGGUACUUGGAUAGAAUCGCUGGCCGACCCGAUCGAGAGCCUGUAAAUGAAUUCGGUACAGCGGAGGAGAAUUGCUAUCUGCCCUGUCAGAAGAAGUCGUAUGAUCUGUUCAGGAUGGUUGGCGAUAAUGUUGAUCUGCUCAAGGCCCUUGAGAAGAUUGGCAACAGUACAAUUGAUGAUGGAAGCGAAGAAAAGGAAAGCAAGGAUGAGAACGGAUUGGAAAAGAAAGAGUCGAACGCGGAAGAUACUGCUGUCGACGAAAUUAAAGCGCUAUCAGUGGGAGAAGUUGGUGAGAGCCUCGCAAACGAGGAAACAGAGAAAGUCAAGGAAAGAAAAGCUGAAAGUUUGGAGACUUGUUCAAUUCAAGAAGCAUCGGAGAAAGAGGACCUUCCUGCAGAGAAUACUGUGGAAGAAAAUAACAAUCAAGAUCGACAUGCAGCGGAAGCUGAAGACUCCACGAAUGAUGCUGCCAAAUUUAAAACCAUCAAUUGUAUUGACAGGGAAAAGGAACAGAAUGAAAUCAUCAGUGGAUACAGAAACGUCCAGGAAGAUAAAUCUACCGACAGCAUCUCGACAGAAGCUGAUAAUAGCGAAGAGAUCGAAUUUCACAAUAAAAUAUCGGAUAACGAGGAUGCCGACGAUUCAUUUCCUAUUUACUCGCCUGAAGAUAUCUCCUCACGAUUUGUUCAACUGAUGAUUGACGACGAGCCAGAAGACAUUGAAUCGGACUCCUCCAUGAUCGCAGAAGUCAAAGGCGUGUUCAAUGAAGCUCUCAUGGAAGAAAAGCAGUUAGCAAAAAGAGUUGAUCCUGAACAAAAAAAUUCUCCUGAAGGAAAACUUGUCAGGAUCGAAGAAUUUCUUAGUGAGCUGAAUGAAGAGGCAGUAGUUGAGAAUUCCGAGGUAGAACCAGUCAACUACAACGAAAUGCCCAAUUUGGAAGCGCUUCAGAAUUGUAAUCAAGCUGUAAUCGAUGAGAAAAUUGGCAGCCUUGACGAAAGUUGUGUGCAGGAAGAAGGGAUAAGCAUUGAUGCCAGUGACUUCAGCGAUAACAGUGCAUCAGUUGACAGUAGAACUGUAUUCAAUCCUGCUACUAUCGUUCGAAAAACAUGGGCGUUUGAUGUGGAAAUCGACAGUAGCAUUGAUAGUAGCAAAGACAGUAGCAUGGAAGAAAGUAACGCCAGUAGAGAGGAUUCCAAAACUGAAGAUAUCUCCAAGGAAGACGCCAAAAAGUCGCCAGAAGAAGAAGUCGAGAGUGAGAAUGAGGUUAAAGAGGAGGAAAAAGAGAACGCUGAAAACAUGGAGGAGUGCACUAAUCAAGAGCCAUCGACAACAAAUGAUUCUCCAGAGGACAAUGUGAAAGAAAAGAAACCGCCGGCUAAUGAAGACACUGACGAUGCUAUUUCCGCCAGCGAGCUCCAGAGCAGCGCGAAAAAUACCUUGAAUGAGACUAUACAAGUCGUAGAAGUCAUAAUUCAAGAUGCUACUGCGGCUUGCAAGAAAGACGAGCAAGUUAUCAUCAUUGACGACAGUCUUGAAGAGGAGAGCACAGACAAACAAGAGCGAACAGAACUUGUUGAGAGCGUUCUAUCGAGAGAUUGUCCAAAAGACUUUACCGAAACGAAACGCGUCUGUGGAACGGAUGCGGAAAGUGACAACGAGGUUAUCGACUUGACUACAGAAGAAAUGCCGGUUCUAGUGCCCAGUUUGAAAAGACAAGCCAAAUUGAAGGAAAUCAAAGAAGAACGAAUGAGAUGUGAGCGGGACUAUUCACUUCAUCUGGACAAUCUUUACGAAAAAGAGCGAAAAGAAUUCCAAGAACGGGAAUUGAAACUGCAUGCACCUCAUCCCAACAAUGUCCGUCGAUGGCUUCCUCGAAGAACGAGGAUGAACGAAGUUCGCUACAGUGAUAAACAAACUCGCAAAGCACCGAAAAGGCCGCGACCGAAGGCUCCUGUAAAGAAAGUUGUAGCAGCGAAAGAACCUGAAAACGAAGUAGUUGUACCUCUGAUGCUUCCUCCAUCGAAUAUACUGAAAAAGGAUCCACGUGCGAAUGAACCACCUAAGAAGAAAAAGAAGAAGUCAUUGGAGAAAAAGACAACUGGGAUAAAACCUCUGCCAAAAAUAUUCGAGGGCAAAGAGCUCUCGAUGUUUGACUGCGAGAUCCAAACUGGUGGGAUGAGAUUUCAAUGCAAGGCAAGUGAAGGACUGCCACCAACAACAACGAAGGAAAAAUCGAAUGAUGAAGAUCAAAUCCCACGUCGGUGUCAACGAAGAGUGCCUCAAGUAGAAGCAACUCCGGCGACUUCAAGUCUUCCAUCUUCAGCGGACUCACCAGGGAGAAGAAAGAAGAAGCAGAUGCUCGCCGAGGCAGUUAAAAAGAAAAAGGUAUGUGGUGAAUGCGACCGUUGCCAGCGCUUGGACGAUUGUGGUCAGUGCGAUUUUUGCCUGGACAAGCCCAAGUUUGGCGGACCGAAUAAACGCAAGCGUAAAUGUCGGCUCCGAACAUGCAUCUCUGUGGGACGCGGAAAGAACUCGAGAACCAAAUCACCUAGGAGCCAGGGAUGUUUUGAUGAAUAUCAGAAUUUCAAGAGCUGCUUCACAGAAGAAGGAUUGGUCUUGCAGCACUUUGCAUGCGAAAAUAGACAAGCCUGCAAUUAG